AUGGAUAUCAAAACCCUAUUAAACAAUCUUCAUGAAGAGGUCUCCUGUUCUGUGUGUAUGAACACAUUCACUGAUCCGAAAACGCUGCCGUGUUUACAUGUCUUUUGCCUGCAUUGUUUGAACGGGAUUCUUCGAACGAAGGGCCGUCACGAUAUUAUCGCAUGCCCUGAAUGUCGAAAAGAGAUUCAAGUUCCUAGAAGUGGAAAUCUUGAGGAUCUUCCAACUAACUUUCGCAUCAACAGUCUCCUUGACGUAUUGGCCAUCAAAGAGUGCUGUGCUACUGGAGUUAAGUGUGGAAAUUGCGAAGAGAGCAGCUCCCAAAGCUUUUACUGCUUUCAAUGUUGUGCUUUCUGGUGCGAGGCUAACUGCAUCAUUCAUCACAAUGGAAUAAAAGCGAAUAAGGAACACCGUGUAUUAGCACUCAAAGACUUUAAAGACCAAGAUUUUGAGAAUGUUUUAAAGCGACCGGUAUUUUGUCGCAGCCGUGGCCACGAGAGUAAGGAAUUGGAGUUUUUCUGCAAAGAUUGCUGUGUUGCAAUUUGCCAUUCGUGUGUUGCCACUACUCAUGACGGUCACGCCAAGAUGCUUUUGGAAGAAGCUGCAGAUGAUCGAAAAUUACUUGCGAAGUCUGCGAUCGAGAAUCAGAAGAAAACAGCAUUGGAGUAUAGGCGAGAAAUUGCUCGACUUGACUCGGACUGCGCCAAAAUUCAAGAACAUGUCGCCAGUGUAAAAAAAAGCGUGCAACAGUUUGUCGACAGCAUGAUGGCGGUUAUCGAGGCACAAAAGCAAGAAACCUUUGAUGACUUAGACAACAGAGCUGCAGAGUCCAUACAUCGCCUGUGGAUACAAAGAGGUGAGAUUGAAAAGCAAAUGAAAAUAACUGAAACAGGCAUCGAAGCUACUGAGGCAAUUCUGCAACAGAACAUUAGCGCGGAAAUCAUGCAGUCAAACAAAAUUCGAGAAGUAACAUUUCAGGGUCAAGUUGAGUCAGCCUAUCCUCCCAUUGGCAAUGAAAGCAUUGCAGAUUUUGGAUUUGUGAGAAAUCAAAGAUUGUUUGAUCAUGUAUGGACUGACAGAAUUGGCUUUGUUAAAGUUCUACCGACAAGUCCAACUGAGUCGAGCGCCUCCGGAGAAGGAAUCAGCGAGCCGACCUUUGGACUAGAGGCAAACAUAAUGUUGACAACAAGAAAUGCUAAAGGAGAACAAUGUUAUGAAGAACGUGACUAUGUAACAGUGGAGAUCAAAAAUCAGGAUGACCAUGACUUUGCAACAGAGACACGAGUCCUGGAUAACAAAGAUGGUAGCUACAAGAUCGGCUAUUUUGCGAAAGAAACCGGAAAAUACGGUGUGUCUGUGAAGGUCAAUGGAGAGCACAUUCGUAACAGUCCCUUUGCUGCUGAAGUAAAACCCAGACAGUUCAGACCCGUAUUAUCCUUCGGAAAACAUGGUGCGGCCGAGGAAGAUUUUAUGUAUCCCUGGGGAGUAGCAGUGAACAAACGCGAUGAAAUUGUAAUCACUUACAGAUGUAACAACAGGGUCCAGGUAUUCAGUAGUGAUGGAACUUACUUAAGAUCAUUUGGGUCUAAGGGGGAUAAAGAGGAAGAGUUUAACUCUCCUAUAGGGGUUGCAAUCGGUAAUGAAAACGGAAUCAUCUUCAUAGCAGAUUCAGCUAAUCAUCGAAUUCAACUUUUUAGUGGGCAGGGGGAGUUUCUGAGCAAGUUUGGUGGAAAGGGAAAUCUUGAUCACCAACUCAGCUAUCCUUACGGGUUAUCCAUCGGUAGUGACGGAAAUUGCAUUGUGGCUGAUAAAGGAAAUAAGAAAAUUAAGUUAUUUUCCCGUAACGGCCAGUUUCUCCGUAGUAUAGGCUCUGAGGGUUCUUUUUCUUCACCCUCUCACUGUAUCCAGUAUAAGGAAUAUCUUAUAGCAUCAGACUUUAAUGAACACUGUAUCAAAGUUUUUGACAAAGCUGGACAUUUUCUGUACAAAUUUGGAAAGUAUGGAUCAGGGGACGGAGAGUUCAAUGAACCUUAUCAUUUGUCAAUUAACAAAGCUGAGCACCUGAUGGUCUGUGAUAGAAACAAUAAUAGAAUUCAGGUGUUUGAGGUGAAUGGAAAGUUUGUUGGAAAAUUUGGCUCAAAAGGAAAAAAGAUAGGACAAUUUAAUACACCAUCUUCUUCAGCAGUCCUCAGUGAUGGUAGGAUAGUUGUUACUGACUUUCACAAUCAUCGGGUUCAGAUAUUUGAGUAGCCGUAUGUUAUGAAGUGUUAUAAUAGUAGCAUCAUUAAUCUUUCGAUUCUUUAAACAUUUUAUUGACUUCAUGUGAAAGCCUCUUGUUACAUUUGAAGGUUGAAACUUGAAUUUUUAACAAUGUUUUACAACGUGCGCUCCAAUUGUAGCUAAGAAGAUUACACGCACAAACGAUUUUCAAUGGACAUGGCUCUGUAUCCACACAGUUGAGUAUUAAUAUCAUAAAGGUUUGUUGACUACAUUAGUUUUUUUUCUUAAAAAGAGGAAUUCAGUUUGAUAAUUUGUAAAAGGAUGUUUACAAGACUCGAUUUGGUGAUUCAUUAUGUACUCUUUGAGAUUGAUUGUUGAACUCCAAGGUAAAAGGUAGUGGUUAGGGAAUGGAUUUUUUCUGAUUUUGUUGCUGUGUUAGUCGUUUUUGGCAACAGGCUUUUGACAUUUAAUCGAGAGUAGCACGGAAUUGUUUCUCUACUUAGGAGAGUUUGAGUCAACAAGUAAUAAUUCUAUCAUUUAUAAUUUUCAGUAGCGUGAAUGGAAAAGAAAACAGAAAAACUGAAAAAGUCAGGUAGUGAAUCAAAAUCAAUCAAUAUUGAAACUUUCUAGCUGCACGUAGGCAUCUUAUGCAGUGCUACUGGAUUUGUUUGUAUUUGUAUAAAACUCUUUAAGUUUGGGAUAAUUGAACUUUACAAACUCAAAACUUCUUUUCAUUACUGUAAAUUGCCUGAGAACGUUGUACCUUGUUUUAAAUAAUUUGUGCUUAGUUAGAUCUCAAUUUCUUUUACAAUACUAAGAUAAGAUUGGUGUAAUAUUAGUUUAUUGAGAGCACUUCCUGUUAUUAUUCUGACAUAUUUUAUAUCUUUUUCAAUUUUUUAAUAUUGCUUAAUCGCCGGCUAAAGUUUAAAAGGAACUUUUUAUGUACACAGUCCUUUCACCUAAAUGACCAAUUGUCGUUUCUUAGACCUAAUUUUAAUCAUAAUGGGAUGAUCAAGUUCGCACAUGUGAAACAUAUGUAGCUCUUUUGAAGAUUUAAAUUUAGUUGUUAGCACUGUAACAUUUAUAAUGUUGUUACCAAUAAAUUUGGCCGAAUCACGGAAGGGGGCCUGAACAAUCCUCAGAAAACGAAGUUUAAUGGAUUAAAAAUUUGGGUUAGAGAUCUUGUGUUGCUACAUUAAUUGGAUUACCGUGUGUCAUUUCCCAAGUCUGGGUGCAAAAGUAAACAUUUGGUAGCGUUCAAGAAACGUUCGACAUCAGCGCCUUUCAUUUCCUGUAUCACCGAGUUGAUGAGCCAUCAGCCAAAACUGGAAUAUUUAAAUUUAAGACUUAAAGCUAAGUUUAACCAACUGCGGUUCGAAGCCCAAGUGAGUAUCCAAUAUAUAUAGACAUGUCUGGAUUUUCCCCGCGUCAGCGUUAGAUAAUAUAUAGAGUUAAAAAUCGAUAUGAUUGUAUUUUGAUGGUAAUGCAUGUCGUCAUUCCUGCUUUUUCCCGAGCGGUCAAUACUAUACAGGUCACAUUCUGAACGGAAAAUCCUAUAAAGCUGAAGGGUUGGUCACUUUUUCGUCACUUUUCUACGACAUGAAGUGUGGUUUAGUCACCUGGACUAAUAUUCAAAUAAUAUUCUAGUUCAUGCCUGCAAGGACGUUAGCUAUUGCACGCAAUCAUGAUAAAGUUAGAUGAUCUGUAAGUUCAGAAUCAUUUCAUGUAAAAACUGGACGGCCUAAAUUUAGCUUAUAUACUCGAUUGACUUGUGGACUGAAAGUCAAAAUGAUGACAUUUUAAAGUUGCAUUGUACGAAAUCAAAAGGCUUCGAUUACAAAUGACUCGAAAGUAGGUUCAAGCCCCAUCAAAGAUUAAACUGUUUUUUCAGGCUGAUAUUGCAGUAACUUCAUCCGUUUUCUCUUCAAAGCAAGUAAAUCAUGGGAAAUUGUUCUCCUACAAGAAAGCACACCCUGUUGAUUGGAACUUUUCUCGUUUCUUUUAAUAUUAGCGGUAUUCAACACGAAAUUUUCAAAUAGUAGUGGUGCUUGUCUUUAAGAGCAGCACAUCCUAUGUUUUAUUAAUAAGAGAAUCUUUCAAAGGAGAUGUCUGAUUAUGUUUAUUUGUUUGAGACAUCUAUGGAAAAUGAACGAUGUCUUUACUUCUUUUCGUUUUGAAACAUCCAUAAUGUUAGAAAUUGUAUGGAUUUUCUCAACUGGUCUUGGAACACUUCUCUUUUUAGCAGAGAUUGCAAUACUCUGUUGGGUGAAGUUUUACAAUCACAGUGAGCCUGCGGCAGUGGUUGCUUCUGUGGUAUUAGUACCUGUAUGCAUUGUGUUGGUAUGGUUUGCUGUGCAUUUUUACCGAUCUCUUGUCCAACACAAGUAUGAAAGAUCAUUUCAGGGAAUUAAAGAACUUCAACAGAUUGCAAACCAACUGUAAACAGAUACAGGGACAGCACCAAGCUCACCAGUAGGCAGUCCAUGACCUUAUCACAGGGUUUGAAGUUGUUUGUAUGGCACAAACCCAGUGUGUUAUGCCCUUUAUUGGCAUGCUCCUUGUUCUUACCGCACCUCCCAAACUCCAACUUGCAAUCCUGCCUUUUUAUUGCUUCUGCGUUCCUUGUAAAUUGUUAUGAGAAUUUUUUUUCUCAAGAUUAUACCCUCUAGCUUAUACGUUGUGUUUUCUUGUAACCUUUUUUCUGGAUAAUCUAUGGAAACUGUCAAAGGAUGAGAUAUAAUAGUCGCGUUUUCUCUAUUCCCUAUUUUCAAAAUAGUGGACAAUCGGGACAGUGAAUUGCUCAUUGUGAAAUAGGAAAACUGACAUCUGUACUGGAUAGAGGCUCAGCGUAAAGCAAGCAUCAGUCCACGUUUAUUUAUACAAUCACAUAAAUACCGCAAAGGCAGCAACAAGAAAAAAUUACAAUGUUGACAGCAAACUCUGGAGUACAGUUUUAUGAUCACUGGUGUAAUUUACAGAUGUGUGCCAGCUGCCCCGUCAGGAAAAACCCCCUUUCCAUCUGAGGAGGAAACCUGAACUCUCCCGAAUGCAGAGCCAGACACUGAACAUGAACCUCGAGGUAGAGAGGUUGAAUUAACGUAUAUAAAUACAAACUGUAAAUACAUUACGUACCACCUACAAUCAAACUGAAAUGCACGCAAAGAAAAUUGGUGUAAAUUAAAAGAAAUAUAUUGUAGAAGAAAGCACCAAUGCCAGCAGCGAUGUCAGCUUAGAGUGAUUUGCCUUAGUAAAAUCCCGCCAUUUUAUUCCCAUGUCUACAUGAAAACUGUCGAAAAGUUAUAACCUUGAAAACAAUAAUUUGCUGCUCUUCUUAGAACCGCGGCAAAUAACACUUUUAGAGGGAUACGUUACAAAUUGAUGUAAAACAAUAGAAACUCCCACAAGUGAUGAACAUAUAACUUCUCCCCAUAAUAUCCACACGUUAUCCAACAAACAGGUAAUGAGAAUACUCAAGCUUAUCAGGAAGAAGUGUUACUUUGAUCUAACAUCAAAAACCUACAAAACACGACAAGGAAAUGUGUGGCAGGUAGAGGGGAAAAUUAACAAUCAGAUCUUGGGAGUUAAAUGGUUAAACCACCACCAGUAUUAUCAGAGUCUCGUCAUCAUUGUUGGUUAUGAUAAGUCCAUUGCGAUCUUAUUUGCUCUGACUUUUCUGUGGGGUACUUUUACUUUACCCCGAAAGGUAACUACAUGUAACAUCUGAUCUCUCCUUACAAUGUCCCCCUGAAUCAAACUUUAAGGCCAUGAGAAUAAAGGAAAUGAUCAUCAACUGAAGAAGUUCUUUCUUUCUCAUUAUUGUUAAACAAAUUCUCCUUGUCAGCACCUUAGGAAACAUGUAAAGAACAGUUUGGAGAAUAUGCAUACUGAUGUUUAAGGGUGUGAAGAGUUGCUCAGUAAGUUUAAGUCCAAAGUUUUGUUUUUGUAAUUUGUUUAUGAUAAACCCUUUCUUGUCACUGGACACUUUUGACAUCGCUGAUCUUGACAGUACACAGGAGAUUUCUUUGCAUGUCGAAAACAGCUUUCCAGGUGAUUUUGCCGACAAAGAGUAAGAUUCUAGACUACUUAGCAUUUGACUGUGACAGUGUAGGCAUCACCCUGCUGAGGGAGAAUGGAGGAAUACUCCAUUGCAAAAUUGUGAAAAAAUGGAGUAGCUAAGACAUGCAUGCCUUUGCUCUAAGCAAGAGUUUCAGCUGCUGGAAAGUGUUUGAAGCCAGUACAAAGGGAACAAGGAUUACAUUAUAUUUACAAAGAUAACUACUGGUUAUUUCUCAGGUACCUUACUGUCAAGCAGCAGUUUGUUAUCUCAGAAUCAAUAGUUUUAAAUCAGAAAAACAAUUUCAACCUAAGAACAUGCGCACAUUCUUUUCAAAACGAGGAAGGAACUUGUCUUGGUCUCCAAAUAUAUUUUCAUUUUUCCUUCGUAACUCUCCGUCGAUAUCUAUCUGGCACUGGUGGGUGUUUACUCCGGGGAGCUCGUCCCAUUUCCCCACGUAAACCGUGUUCAACAGCUUUUCCUCAGCAAAUGCUUCCCUGUCGCUCAACUAUAAUCACAGCCUUCCCUAUCCAUGAUUAGGAAUGUCAUCACUUUCUCAGCAAGCACCUCCAAAAUGUAUCUGUGGAAAGAAAACUCAUAUAUAGUAUCGGUUUAACCAAAAGUUCAUUUCUCCAGGUGUGGCGCACACAUAUCUCUCUCCCUGUUGUAUUUUUUUCUGCAAGAGUCCUGCAGACCCCAACAUUGCAUGGAUGGAAACACUUUUCAUGAUAGAGUGACUACUAUUCUCAUACUCUUUCUGGCAUCCUAUUUAGCACGCAUAAAAAGUCUGUAUGUAAAAUCUUCUUUUUUGUUUACGUAAUGUCACUUGAUAUUUGCUUCUCACACUCUAGUCGGCACGCAUAAUAAACUUGCUGGUAUCAUUUUAUUAGGUAACUACUUUCUUAUGUUCUGUGGCACUCUGUUCGGCAUGGAGAAAAAAUAUGCAAGUCUUUUCUAGUAGGAAUGACUACUAAUUUCUUAUUCUUUCUGGCUCUAUUCGACAUGGAGAGAAAAUAUGCAUAUAAAAUCUUUUGACAAUAAAAAUCUGCGAUAAAAUAUUAUAAAGCAUGACACGACGUUUCGACGUUUCCAGAACGUCAUUAUCAAGUGAACUAGAAUAAUAAAAUCGAGUAUAUAUAUAAUGAAGCGGUGAAUAAAUUACAAAGCGUUAAAAGUUAAACAAAGAGUUUGGCCCUAAUGGAAUCGCUCUAGGUGUUUAAAUUGGGCCUUAUUGUUCUUAUGUACAACAUUUCAUAAACAAGACAAUCCCAUUUCGUGCCACAUUUUUUAAGCAUUCUAAACUGGCUCUCAUCGAGUAAGUCAAUGUUCCCAUGGGCAUCUCUCAGGUGUCGACCAAUGGCAGAGUAUCGAUGAUCAGCAAUGCGUUGAAACAAAUGGCGCGUCGUAUAUCCGACGUAAUUUGAAUCACACAAAUCACAUUUAAAACAGUAAACAACGCUAUGCUGAUUUACGAUGCGUGGCUUGAUUUCUUUAAGCUUUAGGUCCUGCUCAAGUUUCUUACUGGUGUAUACUGGUUGUACAUCAAUGCCGAUUUUUGAACUGAGAUCGCGCAUUUGUCUUUUGGCAAUGUUCGCUGAGACUUGAUCUUUGAAAGGAAUACUGACUCUUAAAGUUUCAUCAGAUUUUGUCUUAGUAUCUGGUGUAGAGGAAUAAUCACAUUUGUUGAUGUACAACCAGUCUACACCAGUAAGAAACUUGAGCAGGACCUAAAGCUUAAAGAAAUCAAGCAAUCAAAUCAGCAUUUGUUUCAUGAAGACUUGAUUUGUCUCAAAUUACGUCGGAUAUACACGCGCCAUUUGUUUCAACGCAUUGCUCAUCGAUUUGCCAUUGGUCGACACCUGAGAGAUGCCCAUGGGAACAUUGACUUACUCAAUGAAAAGAAUGCUUAAAAAAUGUGGCAUAUUGUCUUGUUUAUGAAAUUUGUUUUAAGAAAUAAGAAUUUAAACACCCAGAGCGAUUCCAUUACCAAACUCCACUUUAACUUUAACGCUUUGUAAUUUAUUCACCGCUUCAUUCGAUUCUAGUUCACUUGAUAAUGACGUUCUGGAAACGUCGAAACCGUGCAUAAUAUUUUAUCGAACAUUGUCUUUUCCUUAUAAAAUCUUUGCAGGUGAAAAUGACUACAACCAUUUUUUUUCUUUCUCGCACUAUGCUUACAAUUCAUCUCUAUUUGGCACUCACAAAAAGCCUAUAUGUAAUUUUGCUUUUCAAAUAAGAAUGACAUUUUUUCCUCUUUUCCUGUAGAAUUAUGCCACGUAACAUUUUCCUCAAUUCUCGUACUCGCACAGAAAUUCUGCAGAUAACAUCUUUGUAAGUUGGAAUGACUAUUAGUCUUCUUCUUUCUCGUACUCUAUUCGGCACGGAGAGAAAAUUUGCAGAUAAAGACUUUUUCCUGUUAACAUUAUGUAACGCAAUACUUGCUUUAAGUCUAGCACUACAUCUCGCAGCACUCUUUUUGGCACGCGCAGAAAACUUGCAAAUAAACUCUCUUCAAGGUUAGAAUAAACACUAACGUUAUAUUCUUUCUUGCCGGCUCCAUUUGGCACAGACCGAAAUGUUGAAGAUUUUCUCUUCAAUUAACAUUCUCUCUGCGAAGAACCAAUACUAUCAUGGUUGCACCUGACUCCACAUGGGGAUAUUCGUACUCUUCUUAAAAAAAUCUGCUACGAGUUGUAUGUCUGCUUGCCUGGAUGCUGCGAUGCUUGACAUGACGUGACACGUUUGGAGUUUACUUUUCAAAUGGUUUCUUUCAGACACUCUUAUCUUAUUUAGCUUUAGAGUAAGAUUUUGUCGUCUUUAUAUAGCUGGGAAAUAGCGUAGGACUUUGCAACUUUAGUAAAAAGUUUCGGAAAGUGCUCAUAUGCACUGUUUCAUAAUUCAGUACGUACAUAUUUUCGCAAUCGCUUUUGGUUAAACGGAGUAUAGAUAACCGUGUGAUUACGUAGUAAAGAUGGGUAUUUUGCGUUCAUUUCAUCUUGCCUUUAUUCUGAUCAAUUUCACAACCUGGCAUUUCCUUAGUUUUUUUAACGUGACGGAGAUAGUUCGAAAGUUCCCAAAUGUAUUUUAGCCGAAACCAUUUAGAUUUGGGUAACAAGGAGUAAAUAAAAAAAUCCACUCAAACCAAACGAUCACUACUGUCUCAUAAAGUGAGGGAAGGGGGGACGAAAAACAGCUAAGUCUAAUAUAAGGAAGACGGAUUUCUGCUCAGUUAUCGUAUUCAACCACUGGGUGCUAUGAUGCUCCAGCCGCAAUCUGUGUUUAGGUCAAAAGUAACACUUGUUGAUAUGGCUGAAGGGUGAUCUUGCGUGACAAACAUUGGGUAACUUUCUAAACAUAACUAAUGCGUUGAGCUCUUUUCGGCAUGGUGCUCGAUUUAGUAUUUUACUGCCAUCUGCGCCGUUUCCAGCGUUUAGAACGUUCGCUAUUCAUUGGAGCAAAUUCUGGGCGUGUGGUUGGCGUGUGUGUGUGUUUGUUUGUUUUGUUUCAUUUUUCAUUCAUCUGAGAAUCGACAAAACUUGCAUGUAUUAUACUUUUGGAGGCCGAUCAUGAUUACACUCGCCUUUGAGGAGGAACGGAAAUCUGCUUAUUGCUUACCUCCAGGUAAACAAGAAAGUCUUUCCUUUCAGGCAGCUUUCUGCCCAUAAAUUACGGUCUUGCCUCUGCACUUAUCAGUUGCGCACAGGUUCGCCGUAGCUUAGUAUUGCACACCUCUUGCCUCUUUUCUGAUCUAAGAGAAUCUAAAGAAUUGUAUAAACGUUGCUCAAUUGAAUUGAAAACCUGAACAUAUCCAUUAGACCUCGUGAAGUGAUCUUCCAAUGAAACAACUGAAACAAAAAAUGUAUUACAUGGGUUAUUAUCACGGGUUAAUAUCACAGGUUCCAUCGCCGUAAACUCCAUGAAGUGUUUACUUAAUACCUUUCAUCACUGCUCAUUGAUCGCAGCUUAUUACCUUCUUUCAGUUUACACUCUCUUACCUCCUUGUAAAAUAAUCGGACCGUUUACGGGCCACAAUCGGCUGAUUACCUGGCGCAGUGCCUUAAAAGAUGUCUAGAUACGAAAGUAUGGCGAACCGCACACGAUUAGUAAUUUAAGGAGACAGUCAUCAAUGUUUUUUUUUUUUGUGUAGGAAAUACUGAUCCUGUCACUAAGGCCCCAAGAAGUCAGCAGUACAUCAAAACAUGCUCAAUAACGCUACCUCAUUGGUCAGAUUUUAUGAGUGAUUUUAAGAUUCUCUUCCGCUUGAGGUGGCUUGAAGUGGUUUCGCUUUUAACUUUUCUCUCUGCCGUAAUUUUUCUCUAUCUCCGAAUCUUGCCAUGGAUAUCAAAACCUUACUAAACAAUAUUCAUGAAGAGGUCUCCUGUUCUGUGUGUAUGAACACAUUCACUGAUCCGAAAACGCUGCCGUGUUUACAUGUCUUUUGCCUGCAUUGUUUGAACGAGAUUCUUAGAACGAGUGGCCGCCACAAUAUCAUCGCAUGCCCUGAAUGUCGAAAAGAGAUUCAUGUUCCUAGAAGUGGAAAUCUUGAGGAUCUUCCAACCAACUUUCGCAUCAACAGUCUCCUUGACGUGUUGGCCAUCAAAGAGUGCAAUGUUACUGAAGUCAGGUGUGGAAAUUGCGAAGAGAGCAGCUCCCAAAGCUUUUACUGCUUUCAAUGUUGUACUUUCUGGUGCGAGGCUAACUGCAUCAGUCUUCACAAUGGAAUAAAAGCGAAUAAGGAACACCGUGCAUUAGCGCUCAAAGACUUUAAAGACCAAGAUUUUGAGAAUGUUUUGAUGCGACCGGUAUUUUGUCACAGCCGCGGCCACGAGGGUAAGGAAUUGGAGUUUUUCUGCAAAGAUUGCUGUGUUGCAAUUUGCCAUUCGUGUGUUGCCACUACUCAUGACGGUCACGCUAAGAUGCUUUUGAAAGAAGCUGCAGAUGAUCGAAAAUUACUUGCGAAGGCUGCAAUCGAAAAUCAGAAGAAAACAGCAUUGAAGAAAAGGCGAGAAAUUGCUCGACUUGACUCGGACUGCUCCAAAAUUCAAGAACAUGUCGCCAGUGUAAAGAAAAGCGUGCAACAGUUUGUUGACAGCAUGAUGGCGGUUAUCGAGGCACAAAAGCAAGAAACCUUUGAUGACUUAGACAACAGAGCUGCAGAGUCCAUACAUCGCCUGAAGAUACAAAGAAGUGAGAUUGAAAAGCAAGUGAAAAUAACUGAAACAGGCAUCGAAGCUACUGAGGCAAUUCUGCAACGGAACAUUAGUGCUGAAAUCAUGCAGUCAAACAAAAUUCGAGAAGUACCAUUCCAGGGUCAAGUUGAGUCAGCCUAUCCUCCCAUUGGCAAUGAAAGCAUUGCAGAUUUUGGAUUUGUGAGAAAUCAAAGAUUGUUUGAUCAUGUAUGGACUGACAGAAUUGGCUUUGUGAAAGUACUUCCUACUAGUCCAACUGAGUCGAGCGCCUCCGGAGAAGGAAUCAGCGAGCCGACCAUUGGACUAGAGGCAAACAUAAUGUUGACAACAAGAAAUGCUAAAGGAGAACAAUGUUAUGAAGAACGUGACUAUGUAACAGUGGAGAUCAAAAAUCAGGAAGGCCAUGACUGUGCAACGGAGACACGAGUCCAGGAUAACAAAGAUGGUAGCUACAAGAUCAGCUAUUUUGCGAAAGAAACCGGAAAAUACGGUGUGUCUGUGAAGGUCAAUGGAGAGCACAUUCGUAACAGUCCCUUUGCUGCUGAAGUAAAACCCAGACAGUUCAGAGCCGUGUUAUCCUUCGGAAAACAUGGUUCGGCCAAGGAAGAUUUUACAUAUCCCUGGACAGCAGCAGUGAACGAACGCGAUGAAAUUGUAAUCACUGACAAUUGUAACAACAGGGUCCAGGUAUUCAGUAGUGAUGGAACUUACUUAAGAUCAUUUGGGUCUAAGGGGAAUAAAGAGGGAGAGUUUAACUCGCCUAAAGGGAUUGCAAUCGAUAAUGAAAGCGGAAUCAUCUUCAUAGCAGAUACAGCUAAUCACCGAAUUCAACUUUUUAGUGAGCAGGGGGAGUUUCUGAACAAGUUUGGUGAAAAGGGAAAUCUUGAUCACCAACUCAGCUUUCCUAACGGGUUAUCCAUCGGUAGUGACGGAAAUUGUAUUGUGGCUGAUAUAGGAAAUAAGAAAAUUAAGUUAUUUUCCCGUAACGGCCAGUUUCUCCGUAGUAUAGGCUCUGAGGGUUCUUUUUCUACAUCCAUUCACUGUAUCCAGUAUAAGGAAUAUCUUAUAGCAUCAGACUUUAAUGAACACUGUAUCAAAGUUUUUGACAAAGCUGGACAUUUUCUGUACAAAUUUGGAAAGUAUGGAACAGGAGACGGAGAGUUCAAUAAACCUUAUCAUUUGUCAAUUAACAAAGCUGAGCACCUGAUGGUCUGUGAUACAAACAAUCAUAGAAUUCAGGUGUUUGAGGUGAAUGGAACGUUUGUUGGAAAAUUUGGCUCAAAAGGAAAAAAGAUAGGACAAUUUAAUGCACCAUCUUCUUCAGCAGUCCUCAGUGAUGGCAGGAUAGUUGUUAUUGACUUUCACAAUCAUCGGGUUCAGAUAUUUGAGUAG